AUGGAUCCCGGGAAGGAGCAGGCCGGCACGGCCGAGCCCGCCGCGGCGGCGUGGAGCGCUCGCCCGGUCGGCGGCACGGAGUACAGCUGGUGCCGCGCCGUGCCAGGCGGCACGGGCACCACGCUCCUCGCGCUGCGCCUCUCGCCCCGCGCCGGCGCCGCCACCGCGGCCGAGGCGGCGGUCCGCUCCCUCCAGACCGCGCACCCCGUCCUCCGCGCCCACCUCCGCGCGGCCUCCACUUCCAGCCCUACCCUCGCCUUCCCCCCAUCCUCCGCGCCGCAGCUCGCGCUCACGCCCCAGCCCUCCGCCCUCGACUUCGAUCCCCUCCUCGAGCGCGAGCUCAACCGCAACCCGUGGGCGGCGGCCGAGCCCGACGGCGCCCCGGUGCUCUUCGCCGCGCUCUACGACCUGCCCGCGGGCGGCGCGGCGCUGUUCGUCCGGAUCCACACGGCCGCGUGCGACCGCGCGGCGUCGGCGGCGCUGCUGCGGGAGCUCCUCGCGCAUCUGGGCGGGGCGUGUGCCGGAGACCCGGAGGCGGCGGCGGUCGAGGCGGGGCUGGAGGACAGGAUACCCAAGAAGGACGCGUGGAAGCCGUUCUGGGCGCGUGGCGUCGACAUGGUGGGCUACUCCAUCAACGGCCUCCGCACCUCCACGCUACCGUUCGUCGAGACCGGCACGGCGAGGUCCACGCAGAUGGUGCGCCUCGCGUUCGGCCGCGACGACACGGCGCGGCUGCUCGAUGCGUGCAAGGAGAACGGGGUGAAGCUUUGCUCGGCCAUGGCUGCCGCGACGCUGCUCGCUGCGCGGCAAUCCAAGAAGCUGGACAGCGGCCAGCAGGAGACCUACUCCACUGCGACCCUCAUCAAUUGCCGCCAGUUUCUUGAACCACCUUUGGAUGAUCACAACGUUGGGUUCUUCUACUCUGCUAUCACCAACACCCACAAGAUACACGGCGAGGAAAGCCUGUGGGAGCUAGCCAAGAGGUGCCAUGAUUCCUACACCCACGCCAAGAACAGCAACAAGCACCUCACCGACACUGCUGACCUCAACUUCCUCAUGUGCCGCGCCAUCGAGAACCCGCAGCUGACAACGGCCUCCGCGCUCCGCACGGCGCUCGUCUCCGUGUUCGAGGAGCCAGUGACCUACGACCUCUCUUAUCUACAGAGCAAGGCUGGCGUUGACGACUAUGCCUGCAUCGCCACCGUGCACGGCAUCGGCCCGUCGGUCGGGGUGUUCGACUCCAUCAGGGAUGGCCGGUUGGACUGCGCGUGCAUGUACCCUUCUCCCCUGCAUUCCAGGAAGCAGAUGCAGGACCUGUUUGACACGGUGAAGCGGAUUUUACAACAAGGGAGCAGCGCAGGCGGAGAUAAGUUUUGAAAAUGAAGUUGUACUGCGAGCGCCGUUGAUGCCCCGACAUUCAGGUGCAACUAGUGAUGUACUAGUACUGUACAUGCUUGCGGCAUGUGCAUGUACCCUUCUCCUCUUCAUUCCAGGAAGCAGAUGCAAGAAUUGUUUGACGAGGUGAAGCCGAUUUUACACGAAGGGAUCAAUGGAGGUGAUCUAUGAAUAUUGCUAGAUGUUGCACAA